CUGGGAAUAAGAUGGAAUGCGAUAUCAGAUCAAUUCUCAUAUACUCUUGAGUCAAUAUCUGCAAUAUCCGCAAAAACCAAAAGGCAAAUCCUGUCGUCUGUGGCAAAACUUUUUGACCCCGCAGGAUGGCUUGCACCAAUUAUGAUCCAAGCAAAGAUACUCAUUCAAGAAUUGUGGCUAGACGGAACAGAUUGGGACGAACAAGUUAAACCACUACGCUUGAUGAAAUGGUCCCAAUUUGCCAACAAUCUGAACACUAUUUCGGAAAUACAAAUCCCUCGAUGGGUAAACUACUCUCCCGAACAUCAAGUCGAACUUCACGGCUUCUGCGACGCCUCUGAAAAGGCAUACUGCGCUACUAUAUACGUGCGCACCCAACAAGAUAGCAAAACAACAAGCCACUUGCUAGUCGCAAAAGGCAAAGUGGCUCCGCUAAAGACCGUAAGCCUACCACGACUUGAGCUAUGCGGGGCGCUCCUCCUUGCAAAACUAGCCUCCACCGUUCAAACCCACUUAAGCCUGAACAAUCGCAAAUUACAUCUAUGGACUGACUCUGAAAUAUUUUUAGCUUGGUUAGAAAAACCACCCCAUAUGUGGAAGACAUAUGUGUCGAACCGCAGAGCCCAAAUAAUUGACUUAGUUGGGCCAGCAACUUGGCGACAUGUAGCCAGUGCUGACAACCCAGCCGAUCUUGGCACAAGAG